AGUGGUUCGUCGUCCGGCGGCAACCAUGGCGGGUCAAGAGGAUCCGGUGCAGCGGGAGAUUCACCAGGACUGGGCGAACCGAGAAUACAUUGAGGUCAUCACCAGCAGCAUCAAGAAAAUCGCGGACUUUCUCAACUCAUUCGAUAUGUCUUGUCGUUCAAGACUUGCAACACUAAACGAGAAAUUGACAGCCCUCGAACGGAGAAUAGAGUACAUUGAAGCGCGGGUGACAAAAGGUGAGACCCUCACCUAGAGCUAUGCCAUGCUGCUGCUGGGAAGUUGCUUCAUGGAACGCAACAGGGCUUUGGGUUCUGCCAUGUACGUCGGUGUGUGAUGUGGCAUGUGGGAAGACAUCCAGGGAAGCUCUUGGAACCAACAUUAGGCAUUUUAUCUUUGAAGUAACAUUUUGUAGAACUAUCUGUCAAUGUAUGAGGCGCUCAGAGCCAGACGCCUGGGACUCUGUUAAGGUCCUCCCCACCUCUCUUUCUCUCAGACUUUUCUUACAACUCUCAUUGCCUCUGCAUUGAUUCUGGAAACAGUCUUUGUCUCCUUUUCACCUUUGGUGGGGUUUGGGAGGCAGUCCUGGCCGAAACACUUAUGCCCUGGCAAGGUGGCCGCCAGAGAAUGUUGUUGCUAACCCACCAGUUUCUUGUCCUUCCAGGCCCCCACUUGGCUUGAAGGGACAUGUUCAGAAUUUUCUUUCUGUCACUUGGGGUAUCUUUGCCUCUCAUAUUUCCCUAAUAAACUCCUCAACUUUAAAAAAAAAAAAA